GUGAUGGCCGCUUUUCUCUUUAAUAACGGAUAAAAACCGUAAACAACACACAAGAACAGAGGCUGGUACCUAAAGCUUACUCUCUAACUACAAUGGCUCACUUCUUAGACCUCAACAGUCUCACCAACACUUCACCGUUGAUUACGAAACUAUCCGAGAAUCGUAAAACCGGGAAAUCUGGCGGGUUUGUUUGCAGGAGAAGUGAAGAAUUUCAAGAACCGGAUUCACUUCAUUUCACAAGACGGAUGACAUUGGGAUUUGCUGUCUCGAUAGGUCUUACCGGAAUUCUCGGCGAAAGUAAUGUUUCCUUGGCACAAGACAACGGGUUUUGGAUCGAUGGCCCUCUUCCAAUUCCUCCUAUUUACAACAAUAUCGUGAAUGAGAAGACGGGAACGAGAACAUUCAUAAAGAAAGGAGUGUAUGUAGCGGAUAUUGGGACGAAAGGAAGAAUGUAUAGAGUUAAAAAGAAUGCUUUUGAUCUGUUGGCAAUGGAGGAUUUGAUCGGACCAGAUACUUUAAACUAUGUUAAAAAGUACUUGAGGCUUAAAUCCACCUUUUUGUUCUACGAUUUUGACAAUCUCAUCUCUGCUGCUGCCUCUGAAGACAAGCAACCCCUCACUGAUUUAGCCAACAGGUUGUUCGACAAUUUUGAAAAGCUUGAAGAUGCAGCUAAGACGAAGAACUUAGCCGAGACAGAAUCAUGUUAUAAAGAUACAAAGAUUCUUCUUCAAGAGGUAAUGACCAGAAUGGCAUGAACCCAGUUUGGUUUUCACUGGUUUACUUGCUAUUGAAGAUCAUUCAUGGUUGAAACUCCAUGGUCAUAAAUUGUAAUAGCAUAU